AUGGUGCGAGAAUUUACGUUUGUGAUCUUGUUGGUUCUCUUGGCAACCAGCGAGGCGCUGCCACCUGAUACGCUCUCGAACCAUAACCAAAUGUCCGCACCAUCGCUAAGUCAAAAGGUCAGCUCAAGUCACGGUUUCUUGCGAAUUGCCAGUACGGCGGGUGGAGAAGAUGAAGAACGAAAUAAACUGGGGCCGAAGUUAUUGAUGAAGCUGAGCAAACUGGCGGAGAAACAGAAUAUGUAUAAGUUAUCGAAAAGGAUGGAGCACAAAUCUUGGCUGUCCGCAGGAGAAACCCCGCAGACACUAUUCAAGAAAAAUGGCUGGAAGGGGAAAACUAUAGCCGAACUGAAGGCAGACCCGAAGUACCUACGAUACGAGGGAUUCGACGAUGUUUGGACAAAAGCACAAUACGAGAAGGGGACGUUGUACACACCUAAACAAUGGAUAAGCAAAAUGAAAGAAGAAGAAAAAAGAGGGCAGCGUUAA